AACAGCGACCUCAGGCGCACCGAGACGCGCAGAGAAGCCGCAGGAAAAUCAACUAUGGCGCUGUCUACUGUCCUCGAAACUCCCGAAGCUGGCUUUAACUUCGACAACACGGCGAGAAAUGCUGCGCUAGAGGGUCUUUUUGAUGGAGGACAGACCCCCAAACCAUUGAAAACCGGAACCACAAUAGCAGGAGUGGUGUUCAAGGAUGGAGUUGUCCUGGGCGCCGACACCAGAGCCACGUCCAGUGAUGUGGUGGCCGACAAGAUGUGUGCCAAGAUCCACUACAUUUCUCCAAACAUAUAUUGUUGUGGAGCGGGAACAGCAGCAGACACAGAGAAGACCACAGAUAUUCUGUCAUCAAACCUCUCCAUCUUCUCACUGAAUAGUGGAAGAAACCCUCGUGUUGUCAUGGCUGUUAACAUCCUGCAGGACAUGUUGUACAGGUAUCAUGGUCAGAUUGGUGCCAACCUGAUACUGGGAGGAGUGGACUGUACUGGGAACCACCUGUACACUGUGGGUCCAUACGGAAGUGUAAAUAAGGUUCCCUACCUUGCAAUGGGAUCCGGUGAUCUGGCUGCUCUCGGGAUUUUAGAAGAUGGUUUCAAACACGAUCUUGAGCUGGAGAAGGCGAAGGAGUUGGUCCGAGAUGCCAUCCAUGCAGGCAUCAUGAGUGACCUCGGCUCAGGAAACAACAUCGACAUCUGUGUCAUCACCAAAAAAGGCGUAGACUACAUCAGACCCUACAAGGAGUCAGAGUACAAAGAUGCCAGGAAAAUGAAUUACAAGUAUCGUCCGGGCACGACAGCGAUUCUGACAGAGAAAGUUGUUCCCCUAAAGCUGGAGGUGGUUCAAGAGACUGUGCAGAAGAUGGAUACCGCCUGAUCCUCAAUAAACAGUCUCACUUUAUAAACACCAGAAUA